AUCCAGGCCCCAGCCUCCUCCCCUCUCAGAACUAAAGUCUUGGCCCCCAGCCCUUUACGUUUCACAUCUUAGAAUCUUAGCACCGACUCCCUCCUCUCCUUAGCCUCAGGAGUCUGAGAUUCCAGCCCUUCCUCCCUAAGAUUUCACGUUCAGCCCCCUCCGCCCCUUCUCACACCCAGCGUUGCAGUUCCCAGAAGCUCCCUAGGCUCCAGUGCAGGAGGAGGAGGAACUAGAGGCGGAGCGUCCCAGUUAAAAGGCUCCAGACUCGAGUACCAAGCAGGGAGAACUGAAGUACUGGGGCCUCCUCCACUGGGUCCGAAUCAGUAGGUGACCCCACCCCGUGGAUUCUGGAAGACCUCACCAUGGGACGCCCCCCACCUCGUGCAGGCCUGAAGUGGAUGUUCCUGCUCUUGCUGGGGAAAAUCUGGGCAGGACACUCCAGGGCACAGGAGAACAAGGUGCUGGGGGGUCAGGAGUGCCAACCCCAUUCGCAGCCUUGGCAGGCGGCCUUGUUCCAGGGCGAGCAACUGCUCUGUGGCGGUGUCCUUAUAGGUCGCAACUGGGUCGUCACGGCUGCCCACUGUAAAAAACCGAAAUACACAGUGCGUCUGGGAGACCAUAGCCUACAGAAAAAGGAUGGGCCGGAGCAAGAAAUAGCUGUGGUUCAGUCCAUCCCACACCCCUGCUACAACAGCAGCAACGUGGACGACCACAACCAUGAUCUGAUGCUGCUUCAACUGCGCAGCCAGGCAUCCCUGGGCUCCAAAGUGAAGCCCAUCAGCCUGGCAGACCACUGCAUCCACCCUGGCCAGAAGUGUACCAUCUCAGGCUGGGGCACUACCACCAGUCCCCAAGAGAAUUUUCCUGACACUCUCAACUGUGCAGAAGUAAAAAUCUUUCCCCAGAAGAAGUGUGAGGAUGCCUACCCAGAGCAGAUCACAGAUGCCAUGAUCUGUGCAGGCAACAACAAUGGGGCUGACACGUGCCAGACAGUGGUUUCUUCCACUAAGAGUUCAGCCGGCUGGGCGCGGUGGCUCACACCUGUAAUCCCAGCACUUUGGGAGGCCGAGGCGGGUGGAUCACGAGGUCAAGAGAUCAAGACCAUCCUGGUCAACAUGGUGAAACCCCAUCUCUACUAAAAAUGCAAAAAAAAUUAGCUGGGCACGGUGGUGUGUGCCUGUAAUCCCAGCUACUCAGGAGGCUGAGGCAGGAGAAUUGCCUGAACCCAGGAGGCGGAGGUUGAGGUGAGCCGAGGUCACACCAUUGCACUCCAGCCUGGGUAACGAGCGA